GCAAGUAGCAUCACAUUCAUUCGUUAGCAAAUCUCUGAUUGAAACUAGAGGUUCCAAAGCCAUCUAGUUAGGACAAUAACAGAAUCAAAUCAAAUCAAACAAGAACAUCUGGAAUUGGUGGAAAGAAAAAUCCCCCUCUCUGGUUUGAUCACAUUUUUAGGCUUUCUCUAAAGAUGUCCCAAACCAUUGCAGAUUUCUAACCAUGAAUGGUUGUAUUAGCAGUAGCAGCACCAGCUCACUGGUCAGGACUCUAAGAUCAAAAGACCCAAAGCUCCUAUUAGUGGAAACCUGCUCCAACCUUUCUCAGCUGAAAGAGAUACAUGCCCACUUGAUCAGAACACAAAUCAUUCCAGAUAUACUCGUAGCCAGUCAUUUGAUAGCCUUCUGCACUAACCCCAGAUAUGGAACAAGCUUACUUGAUUACGCACAACGACUCUUCCCCCAUAUUCAGAACCCCAAUCUCUUCAUCUACAAUGCAAUGAUAAGGGCAUAUGCAAGCAGCAAAAAUUCAGAGCGGGCCCUCCUAAUGUACAAAGAGCUCCAAAGGACAGGUCUUCUUCCGGACAAUCUGACCUUCCCUUUUUUAGUCAAAUCUUGCACCCAAUUUGGUUAUCUGCGAAUGGGUACACAAGCCCAUGGUCAGAUCAUCAGACACGGCUUUGAAUUUGAUGUGUAUGUGCAGAAUUCUCUGGUUCAUAUGUAUGCAACAUGUGGUGAUAUAAAGGCAGCGAGCCAAGUCUUCCAUAGCAUAACUCAUUUGGAUGUAGUUUCUUGGACAUGUAUGGUUGCUGGGUACAGCAAAUGUGGAGAUGUUGAAUCGGCACGCAAGUUGUUCGAUAAGAUGCCAGAGAGGAACUUGUUUAGCUGGAGCAUAAUGAUCAGUGGGUAUGCCCAAAACCAUCAUUUUGACAAAGCGAUGGAGCUGUUCCAUAUCAUGAAAUCAGAAGGUGUAAGAGCAAAUGAAGCAGUUAUGGUUAGUGUGAUAUCUUCAUGCGCCCAUCUGGGUGCCUUGGAACAAGGAGAAAGAGUCCAUGAAUAUGUGGUGAGGAAUAACCUCACAGUGACUCUGACCCUUGGAACUGCUCUUGUGGAUAUGUAUGCAAGGUGUGGAAGUAUUCAGAAAGCCAUCUGGGUUUUUGAACAACUUCCAGAGAGGGACACGGUGAGUUGGACGGCUAUAAUUGCAGGGCUGGCCAUGCAUGGCCAUGCUGAGAGGUCACUCCAAUGUUUCUUGGAAAUGGUUAAGACGGAUCUGAAACCAAGGGACAUCACCUUCACUGCAGUUCUGUCAGCUUGCAGCCAUGGGGGGUUGGAAGAGAAAGGUUUCCAAAUUUUUGAGAGCAUGAAAAGAGACUAUGGGCUUGAGCCUAGGUUGGAACACUAUGGAUGCAUGGUUGAUCUUCUAGGGCGAGCAGGGAAGUUGGAAGAAGCUGAAAGAUUCAUACUUAAAAUGCCAGUGCAACCUGACCCACCAAUUUGGGGGGCAUUGCUUGGAGCUUGUCGCAUUCACAGAAAUGUAUAUAUCGGGGAAAGAGUGGGAAAGAUUCUGAUUCAGUUGCAGCCAGGCCAUAGUGGGUACUACAUGCUUCUUUCCAACAUCUAUGCUCAUGCAAAAAAGUGGGACAAUGUCACUCAAUUAAGAAAAAUGAUGAAGGACAGAGGAGUUAAGAAGCCACCCGGUUACAGCUUGAUUGAGAUAGGUGGGACUGUUCACUGCUUCACUAUUGGAGAUAAAUCACACAUGGAGAUUGAGAAAAUAGAGGCAAUGUGGGAAGAAAUUGUCAGGAGAAUAAGAUUGGUGGGAUUUGCAGGGAAUACCAUGGAUGUACUGUUUGACAUAGAUGAGAAGGAGAAGGAGAGUGCUGUGUACAGGCACAGUGAGAAGCUUGCAAUGGCAUUUGGCAUGAUGAAAACUGAUGCUCAGACAACUAUCCGGAUAGUCAAGAACCAAAGAGUAUGUGAGGACUGCCAUACAGCAACAAAGCUUAUUUCCAAGGUCUUUGGCCGCGAGUUAAUUGUAAGGGAUCGGAAUCGGUUCCAUCAUUUCCAAGAAGGUGCCUGUUCUUGUAAGGAAUACUGGUAAAAAACAGGAAACUCGACAUGUUCCAUCUCCUCUAACAAAAUAUCAACGCUUCUUUCAUCUUUUCUUUUGGGGGGUGAAGGUGGUUGGAGGACGAAAAUUCGAAUUUUGAUUUUAGCACAAAGAAAGAACUAUUUCCCCUAUUAACAGAUGUGAGAGAUCGAAAGGAAGGAAAGAAUAAUAGUGGAUGUUAACCAAGUAAAGAUAAUUUCGAAACCCGGAGCACCUCUGGUUGUAAGCAUACAGUAAGAUACACGAGACAAAUGAAAGGAGUUGCAACUGGUCGUUCAGACAUAGAGUCUCAGGUAUGACAACACAGAAGAAAUCAUUGGAGUGGAAAGUUCAGACCCAGUAAGCAUCCCACGAUGAGUUGCAGUCAACAGAACAACAGGCUCUAUGGGAGUAGAGCCAGCACAACACAGCACAUCAUCAUGAAUGACUUCAGCCUCCAAUUGUGGGUAGAUCAACAUUUGCAUUUCCUGGCUUCCCCAGCAAUUUAAAAACCAUUAUCUUUCCUGGUAACAGCAUCUGCGCCAGCUUUGUCAAAUGCUUGAUCCCAGAGCUGUACGUCACAGAAAAUAUUUAAUUAGAGGUUGGACAGUUGCUUAGAGUGAGAAAAUCAUUCAUUGAAUUUAGACCCAGAAGCUGCUUCUUUUGCUCGACUAGCAAUAGCCUUCAGAAACUCUAUUUGCAAUUGAAGAUGUAUCCAACUUGCUUUGUUUAAAGAUGGCAUUGUUUCUUGACUAUAGCUUUCUACCCACCCUUCAAACAUUUCAUGGUUAAUGUCUUCAUUUCUGAUAGCUAGUACUAAAACAAGCCAAGGAUUAUUGCACAUUGGUAGUUGGCUACAGCUUAGAGAAAUUGUUUGACUCACAAGGCAAAGGUUUGAGUAAAUCAACAGAAGCAAGGUUCCAGUGGAAUCUCUCUUCAUUAACUGCCACAGCAUCACAAAAGGAAUUAAUUUUCCUUGGUACAUGAUAUGCAAAAUUGAGAGAAAGGCCCUGUUUGUUGAACCUCAAGAAAGAUCCCUUCUUUCUAGUUGGUUAUAUCAUCCAAUAAAGGUGCGUUUUUCAGCUCAAACAAUCUUGGCUUAGUUUUCUGAAAGAGAAUCAGUUGAAGACAUCCAAAUAUAAGGAUUCUAUGUA